AUGAAGCUCCUCUUAUUAUAUAUACCCCUUGUGCUGGCCUCCCCAUGUAAAAUCGGCCCCCUCCCCACCGACGACUUCACCCUCCAAGUGACUAAUAACCCGCACCUUGCCCCUCUUUCUGCGAUCUUCAACCACAGUAUCACCGUAUCCCAAGUCCUAGACUCCGCCAACCGGGACCUGACCAAGAAAUCACCCCCUGUGGGCAAGGGGCCCCUCACUGUAUCCUGGACUUGGAACGCUGGGGACUCUAAUACCCUGAAAUGGGUGCCGCAGGGGAUUACAAGUUCCGCAGACGCUGACCCUUCCGGGAAACACGACGGACGGGAAUCCCUGCUUGUCAGCUGGUACAGUAAUUUGACCGGCAACGUGCGAGUCAGUUUCGUGGAUCGGGCGAAGGGCCGGUAUCGACAUGCGUUGCUAGUGGAGCCCUCCACGGAUGAUAACUACGUCCCCGUGGAUGUCCAUGCGGGCGGCAUCGUCUGGUCCGGAGAUCAGUUGUAUGUCGUGGAUACGACGGAGGGGAUUCGCGUCUUCGAUAUGAAGAAUAUCUGGGAGGUGGAAAUUGGGGACAAGGUGGGGAAGGUGGGGGAUAAGUAUACGGCUGCUGGGUAUCGGACCGACUCGACACUCCUUGUGGGCGAAUUUGUCCGCGACUCAAGUAAAAACGCGACUCGCUUCACCAAGUAUCCGUUGUCGACUGACAGUUUGAGAACAAACGAGGAUGUCGUGAAGGCAACUUUCGCGCACUGUGUCAACUUUGAGCGCAUGCAGGGCGCAUUCGCCCUUGGUGACAAGUUUCAUAUCUCCCGCAGUAAUGGCCGCACCCCUAAGGCGGGUGAUCUCUUCCGCUGGACGGUUGGAAAGACGGCCGAGGUAAAAAAUGGGUGGUUCAUGGCGGGGAAUGAGGAUUUGAGUUAUAAUUCCGUCCGCAGGGAGUAUUACACUGUGUCGGAAUAUGAGAAAGAGAGGUUCAUUCUUGGGUAUAAAUAUUCUUAG